CCCUCAGUCCUGAAUAUCCACAUCUCUUCAAAACAGUCACAAGGAUUCAUGUGCAACCAACAAAGUUGACGCUUUACCACCUUAAGGGCGCAUUUAUUCGACACGAGUUUAAUCACGCUCACGCCGCGCGAUGACCACGAUGCCGCCGCGCAGCGACCGCGUGCAUCUAACUGUCAUGGCAAAAGAGACAUCAAUCAAAAGAACUUUAUGAACGGUUUACAAAAUGCGUGUAAGCUUCUCUCGAGCCUCGAGCGCAGUUUACAUAAAACUAAAAAGUAUGAAAAGCAACUGGUAAAAUGCCAUUCAACGCAUUCUCAUACACACAGCCUGACCGACUGGUGGGAUAGCGAAAUCUCUCAAAGCUCAACUUCAAGAAAGGAGACCACGAAACGCUCUACAACAGAUGCUGCAAAACCAACACGAAGCCAAGUUGACGUCGCCGAAUCAUGGUCCACAAUGAGCAUUGUGUGUUUACAGUACCAAUAUGAAGAACUAUCAAAACGUUACGAGACGCUUCUUCGUGCAUACGAUGAUCGGUGCAAUUUACUAAACACACGAGAUGCAACGUUAUCGCGACUUAGGCAACGUGCAAGGAUGACUCACGCUCGGUUGACGCACGCGCAUCAGGCGCUGCUAAGCGUCGGCGAAAAGUUCCUAGCUUUGAGAGACAGAAGAAUUGCUCAGAAGUGUCGGUACGAAGAGAAGAUCUUUCAGUUGAAGUCAACAAUGCGUGAUGUGAUGGCAGCCGCAGAGCGCGCGCGUCUUGAACUCGACUCACAAAUCGCUGACACUCUGCUCGCUGAACGUGAUUCCGCCGCCGCUCUACUGUUAGCAGAGGUGUACUGUAGAUAUUUUUUACUUAGGUAUAUCAUCAUUUGUUUUUUCCUUUCGAAUAGAGGAAGCCCAGUUGUCUAUUUCCAUAAGAUCGGAUCUUCUAUCUUGUAGCUGACAACAUAUUUAUAACCCAUUUUUUUAUAGGUUCGGAAAUGCAACCUUCUCUUCUUGGAAAAUCUGCGUUUGAAGGCUCAAGUCGAAGAACUUGCACCAGGCAAAGUCAACUGGGUGGA